AUGAUCGUCAGCUUGACGGUCCGGCUGUUCGUGAUGCUCCCCUUGGGCUUCGGUUGGCCGUCGGCUUUCCAAGAGAGAUUUCUGGGAGCUUUGGAUGCAGAAGAUGUUUUCUCUUACUUUGGAACCAACUCGGUGUCUGAUGUACCUGAGUUUGCUGUUGCUGAGCCAACUUGCCCUUGCACAGAAGAACAGGUUGAGCUGGCAUCCUGUCGUGUUCAGCACUGCUCCAUUGAGGCCUGGGGAGUGCUCUAUGCCUUUGAAUUUCUCGAGGACCAUGCCCUCCUUUCCUCUUCCUUUGUGAGCCACCAAGUGGUGAACUCUUCCUUUGACUUGCUGAAGCGAUUCUCAGGCAACUGCUUUGCAGGUGGCAAUCCCCUGCAGCCUCCUGGGGCUACAUCUAGAGUCACUUACUGUGAAGGGCAGCUGCAAGGAGUCAUCGUUGCAGAUGAGGAAAAGAUUCAUAUCAGGCCUGUCAGAAGCAAAGAUGUGGCCCUGCUGAAGGAUCUUGGCUUCUCCAGACCCCACAUUCUCUUCAGAAGUGCCACAAGAGGGGAUAAUGGAGGAAGAGCAGGGCGGUGUCCUCGCCUGCAGAAGAGGGCUGAGGGAGCUGUCAAACAUCUGGAGCUGAUGGUUGUAGCAGGUCCAGAUGUUUACUUGUACCACAGAGAGGACACUGAAAGAUACAUCCUCACCAACCUGAACAUUGGGGCAGAGCUGCUGAGAGAUGCCUCCUUGGGUGCCCAUUUCAGGGUUCAUCUUAUGCAGAUGCUGAUUUUGAGAGAACCAGAGGCAGAGCUAAACAUCACAACAAACAUCACCUCCUCACUGAUCAGUGUUUGUGAGUGGAGCAAGAAGGUCAACCCCCAGAAUGACUCUGACCCUCAGCAUGCUGACAUUGUCCUCUACAUCACCAGGUUUGACUUGGAGUUACCUGAUGGGAACAAGGAGCUACGUGGAGUGACUCAGUUAGGUGGAGUCUGCUCCUCCUUCUGGAGCUGUGUUAUUACCCAGGACACUGGCUUUGACCUUGGAGUCACCAUAGCCCAUGAGAUUGGGCACAGUCUUGGAAUCCCCCACGAUGGUGAGGGGAAUGUGUGCAGCAGCAGUGGAUACAUCAUGGGUUCAGCAGGGAACCACAACAGCAUCGACCUCACCUGGUCGCAGUGCAGCCGGGAAGAGUUCCUGGCCUUUGUCAGCACAGGCCAAACAGACUGCUUGAAUGACCUACCGGACACAGAGGGCAGCAUCCCCGGGUGGAAGCCUGGCUUGUACUAUGGAGCAGAUGAGCAAUGUAAAAUAGCCUUUGGGAGCCUUGCCACAGCAUGCACCUUUGCUGACAGCAAUGUUGACACCUGCAGAGUGCUCUCAUGCCAUGUGCAGCCAGGAGACAAAUCCAGCUGUACUAGGCUCCUUGUUCCCCUCCUGGAUGGGACUGAGUGUGGAGUCAACAAGUGGUGCUCCAAGGGACAGUGCAGCUCUCUGGAAGAACUGAACCCCAUGGCUGUUGUCCAUGGGCAGUGGUCUGCCUGGAGCCCCUUCUCCUCCUGCUCCCGCAGCUGUGGAGGUGGAGUUGUCACCAGGCAGCGGUUCUGUAACAACCCCAGGCCUGCUUUUGGGGGGCAGGAAUGCCGUGGUGCCAGCAUCCAGGCAGAGAUGUGCAACCCUCAGGCCUGUUCAAGGAGCCAGCAGGACUUUAUGGCUGAACAGUGUGCAGCAACAAACUUCAAGCCACUGUAUGUCUCUGGAGAAGCACCAGCCUUUUACACUUGGACCUCUGCUGUUGGCUUUGCCAAAGGGGACAUGCAGUGCAAGCACAUGUGCAGGGCCCUUGGAAAGGAGUUCAUGGUAAGCCGUGGAGCCAGUUUCAUAGAUGGAACCAGAUGUGAGCAGGAUGAAGCUGAGCACCAUGAGCCUUUCCAUCUGUGUGUAAUGGGAAGCUGCAGAGCAUUUGGAUGUGAUGGUCAGAUGGACUCCAAGAAGAGACUGGACUCUUGCCAGGUCUGUGGGGGUGAUAACAGCACCUGCACCAAAGUGAGUGGAUCUUACACAGAAGGAAAAGCUAAAGAGUAUGUUACAUUUCUGUCCCUGCCUUAUAACACCACCUUGGUCCAUGUUACCAAUUGGAGACCUCUCUUCACACAUCUGGCUGUGAAGGUUAAGGGAGAGUACAUAGUUGCUGGAAAAGGAAAAACCUCCCUGAAUGUCACCUAUCCAUCAGUUCUGGAGGACAGCCAGAUCAAAUACAGAGUGUUUCUCACCAAGGACAACCUGCCAAGCCUGGAGGAAGUCCAUGUAGAUGGGCCAACACGAGAAGAAAUUGAAAUACAGGUCUAUCGAAGGUAUGCAAAAGAAUUUGGCAAUGCCACCAACCCAGAGAUCACCUUCAGCUAUUUCAUCCCCAAGGAGAAUCUGACAUAUUCAUGGAUUCCUCAGCUGGGACCAUGCUCAGUGACCUGUGGGGAAGGGACACGAGCAGUGCAUCACGUCUGCUUUGACCAGACAAAGAAUGAAACAGCAGAGGACCAGUGGUGUCUGGAGCUCCCCCAGCCCCUUGCAGAGCACAAGCCCUGUGCCAUGGAGCCAUGCCUGUACAGGUGGAAGAUAUCUCAGGUAGCUGAAUGCUCUGCCCUCUGUGGAACUGGAGUUGCCCAGCAGAACCUGACCUGCAUUCAGUUCUUUGAUGGACUGGAGACUGUUGUGGAUGACAGCUUGUGUCCAGCAGAGGAAAAACCUCUCUCCACUGUGCCCUGUGUGGUCAAUGUCUGCCCUUUAGGCUGGGACAAAGAGGAAGAUGGACACUUGCUUCAGCCUUCUGAGUCACCUGGGCAUGUCCAGCUGGAAAAUCAGACCCUCUUUGUCUGGAGCCCUCUGGCUGGAGAAUGUUCUGUGUCCUGUGGGAGAGGUCAAACUCAGCUCCAGUAUGUGUGUGUGGCUUUUGACACCAAAGAAGAAACCCAAGAAGAAAACUGUCACCCAGUGCCAAAGCCAGAGGGCAGGGUAGAAGUCUGUGAUCUCAGUCCCUGCCCACCAAGGUGGAAGGUGACCCCGGCUGGCCCCUGUUCCUCCAGCUGUGGGCUUGGCUUGGCUGUCCAGCUGGUCACCUGUGUGCAGACCCUCCAAGGCAAGGAGGUUCUGCUGGAGGAACAUUUGUGUCCUGUGGCAGAGAAGCCUCUUAGCAGUGUCCCCUGUGUCAUCCGCACGUGCUCCUACGAGUGGAGCUUCAGUGAGUGGACAGAGUGUUCAACCUCCUGUGGGAAUGGCAUUCAAACCCGGCAGGACUUCUGCCUCAACCCUCUGACCCGCAAGCAGGUGAACCCCACCUUCUGCAGGCACUUCCCCAAGCCCAUCGUGCUCCGUGGCUGCUCUGCAGGGCCCUGUCCUGAGCAGCUGCUGGGGCCCAGGUCCCGUGGAGCAGGCCUGCAGAGUGUGACACCAUCUGUGACAACCUCAGCUGUGACUGCCCCAGAGGCGAGAGACAGGGACCAGGAGCUUCCUCCCUCAGCUGUGCCUCAGGAGCAGACGAAGCCCAGUGCAGGUGUCUGUGGAAAGCUCUUCCUUAAUGCCACUGGGGUCAUCAACAUGACAGGCGUGGGGAGCAGCGACUGCACCGUGGCCAUCGGCCGUCCCCUUGGGGAGGAGAUCACUGUCAGUGUCCUGGAGAGUUCCCUCAACUGCAGUGCAGGCGAGGUGGUGCUGUUUUCUGGACGGAUGAUGUGGAGGACAGGCUGCAGGAAGCUGCCUCUGUCCCUGAUAAACUCCAGGACAAACACCCUGGUGGUGAAGCAGCGAGUUCUGCUGCCAGGCCAUGGGGUUGUUCUUCAGUACAACAGCAGAACUGCAACCAAAAAAUAUCACCAAGACUGUGACAAGCAGCUGUUUGGUCCCCAAGGUGAAAUAGUGAACCCUGUGCAGUUGCCUGAUCAAAGGCAAGGAGGAGUCUGCAGGACCUUCAUCAAUGUGGCUCCUCAGCAUCGCAUUGCUCUCCGUGCCCUCUACACUGACCUGGGCAAUGAGAGCAACCAGACCCAUUUUAAUUACAUCCUGGUCCGUGACGUCAGCACCAUGAGGACCGUGGUGUUCCGUGGCAGACAGCAGUUCCUCUGGCAGUCAACAGGAAGCCAGGCUGAGAUUGAAUUCCAUGACAAUGUGAAGGAUCACCAGAGCAGUUUCUGGGCUGAAUAUCAGGCUGUUGAGCCCAAGUGA